GUGGGCCACACAGACGUGAAUACAAGUCUGCUAGUUUAAAAGAUUCAGCCGUCGGACAAAGUUUGCGAAAUAUUUUUGAUCUGAAUCACUAAUCGAGUCAGAAUGGCCUCGGCUGUGCUGCCCAGGCAGAAAACUCGGUUUCUUCCGGCCAUCGACCAGCGCGCCGCUCCCAACAACAACAAACUCCUUCACAAGAGCCGACUGAAGGAAAAAUCCGAACUUCCCGACCCAGACUUCCCUGAAAACGAGAAAAGCCAAACCACCACAAUCACAGAAGAUGACAUAGCGAGGUUCCAGAAGCCUGUACAUCAAAACCUUUGUGUGUCCAUGUUGCGGGAGGGCUUUCAUCGUUCCUUUGAAGAGUUCUUUUCUUUGCUCCAGCGCUGGAAGGCGUCCCGGCUGGUGGCUGGAGAAGACAGCGCACUGUGGCAGCAGCGUCCACUGGAGGAACAGCCACACAAACUAGAGACACUGAAGGAGCUCCUCACUCGUGCCGAGUCUGCGGAAAGAUCUAAUCAGUAUGUGGAAGUGUAUGAGAAUUAUUUGGCUCUGGCAAAGUUUUUCUCAGAGCCAGAUGACAGGUGGCUCCAGCAUCACUUCUACAAGCUCAGCCUUCUGUCUGCCCGCAAAGUUAAGAUGGACUCUGGCAAGAGAGAAGCCGAGGCCAAUGCACAUAUAGGCCAGCUGUACUUAGAGCAAGGUGAUUUGGAAUUGGCUCAGGAGCACUAUGAGAUGUUUCACCACCUGGCGGUGGGGCGAUCAUGGCAGGACGAGAGCGGAUGUCCACUUCUUUCUCGUGCGUGCGAGGGGCUCUGGAGGGUCUACACACUGCAGGCACAGAGACAUCUGCAGAAUAAAGACUACAGUCCAGCCAUUCAGAUCCUUACCAAGGCCUAUGAUAUGGCUAAACAGGCAGGUGAUAAGAAAAUAGAGGGAGAGGCAGCAUAUAGAGUGGCUCUGGCCUAUCAGAGCUUGGGCGAUCAUAGAACUGCUAAACAGUUUCUGAACACGUUUGUGGAGAUCUCCACAGCUCUGGAGGACACAGCCAGUGUGGGAAGAGCAUAUAAAGCCAUUGCCCAGUCUCUGGAGAGUGAGGGUAAAUUGAAUGAGACCAUCCAGUACCUGCAGAAAUAUGCUGAAAUUUCUGAGGAAAUCAAUCAGGACCAGGGUCUACAGGAUGCUUGCAUGUGCCUUGGCUCCAUACAGAGCUCUAGGGGCGAGUAUGUUAGUGCGUGUGAGUAUUUUAUCAGGGCCUAUGCGAUUGCAUGUGACCUGGGCUCAGUGCCACUGCUGCAGAAAGCUCAAGUGAGCCUGGGCAUCACGCGGGCACACAGCAUGCUGCGGACGUACAGCUCCCUUGUGGCGAAUAAUGAGCCGCAGAGCCUCCUCACACUCAUCCGCUGGAAGGAGACCCGAGAGGAGUUCCACAAGCCGCCAUGUGCGUGUGUUACACACACAUACCACACUCACACACACAAGACCUCUCUCAGCCAGUGGUAAAGCAGGCACACUGACACUUGUGUGUUUUGGUCUGAUUUAGUAAAUUCAGUACUGCAGCUGUCAGUAAUGCAUCUAUAAUGUGAUUUUAAAUGAAAACUUAAGAGCAGGGGAUGGUGGGUCUCAGCUGGAGGCCUAUACCCACCAUGUAGAUAAGAAGGAAAUAAGCCAAAUGAAACAAAUGAUGAGGGAAAAAAGUCACAGUUCUAAAAAGAACCAUUAUGGGCUCAUGUUUGCUUCCCCUUGCUUAAAACUGGGGGUGCAUAUGUUCCACUUACUCCCUUGCUCAUGAGUCAAAAUAAAAAUAGGGACCAGUUCCUGACUGCUACGUCAAAUCCCAUUUAACCCAACAUAGUGAGAAGAGUUAAAGAGAGGGGUGGAUUCAAGGGCCGCCUUUCAGACACAGGGUCAGUCUAAGCUCUUGACUAAAGAAACAUUCGCAGUGGUCAAUUUCUCUUUACAGCUCAGUUCCUUUCUAGACAAGUUUGGUUUGAGCUUAGAAAACCCUCAAACCAGCAUUCUCCCUUUCUCCACAGACGAGAAGAAAUGAUGGGAUCAUAAAAGAAAAGAAAUGGGAGAGGUGUGAGAUAGAAGAAGAGGAGAGGGGGUGGGCUUGACUGAAUUCUGGGUUCACAGUGAAUAAACAUCUUUCAAAGCAAUGGAUUCUAGCUUUUUUUUAUUAAAACAUCCUUGAUGACUAAUGAAACAUUAUUAAUGAAACUUCCAUCAUCAGAUAAAUAUGCUGUGGUAAAUUAACCCUCAUAUCUAACAGCCUUAUGUGUGUACACUGAUUGUCUAUUGUACUAUUAAAAGCAACACUAUAUUGUUGCCUUAAGAUUGGAUUACUGUUAUUCAUUAUUCAGCAUGCACUGUGCUCACUGAUGUUUUAAAGUAGUACAGACUUUUUUAACAGCAAUAAGCGCAAUUAAGUAAUAUUUUAAUGGAUUUGUAUAUUUACAUGCAUCUCAAAUGGUGCCCUAAUUGUAUGUUAUAUAGGCCAGUACUCUGCUAUAUUUAUGAGAAAACAAAUCUACUUUUUACAGUGUUAUUCAUUCACAUUUGGUCACUACUUGUUUUUUUUUUUGUUUUUUUUACUUCAUUCUGUUCUGAUGGUUUAACACAUGGAAAGCUUCUUUGAAGCGUUGGUUUUGGGUUUCGCUAGAAGAAGAUGACCAAAACCAGCAUAUCGUCACUGUCCAAAUUGUUGACUUUACAGAA